AUGCUGCAGCAGCAAUCUUCGCAGCAGCAGCAGCAGCUGUUGCUGCAGCAGCAGCUGCAACAGCAGCAGCAACAGCAGCAGCAGCAGCAGCAGCAGCAGCAGCAGCAGCAGCAGCAGCAGCAACAGCAGCAGCAGGCAUCUGCAUCACCUGAGCCUCCCCUUGACUUUCCUGAAAACCACCUGCUGCUAGUAGUCAGCGGGGCCGUUGAGGCCGUUCAACUUUGGGGGAACCCCAGAGGCGUUGUCUGCCGCUACGCCAUGGUAGUGGGUAGCGACUGGAAGCACACAUGGGUAGGUCUUGCUAUUCUCCUGUCUGCCGCUACGCCAUGGUAG